GUCGAGAGAGGAGAGGCGAGCGAGAAGCGAAAUCGCGCGAGCGUCAUCGCGACCAAUCGGCGACACUUUGCGCCUCUCGGUCGCAACGUUCGGAUCGCAUCGUCCCAUUGAUCGUCGGACGAGUUUUUUUUUUUCCGCGCGAUUUUUCGUCCUCGAUUUUAUUGUCCGCGAAGUGUCGAAUCGAUCCGCCGAAGUCUCCGCAUUUCGAGGAACCAUGUCGAUAAUCUACAGGAAUUCGAUGAACGUCAUCGGCAAGUUCGUGCCCGAAGGACUGCAGCCUCUGUGGAAACAUCCAGCUGGUCCGCAGACCAUCUUCUUCUGGGCACCGCUUUUCAAAUGGGGGCUCGUCAUUGCCGGCCUCGGUGAUCUACGAAGGCCAGCGGAGAAGAUCUCCAUCAGUCAAUCUGGUGCCUUGGGCAUUACGGGGGUGAUCUGGACCAGAUACUCCUUAGUCAUCACCCCAAGAAAUUGGAGUCUUUUUAGCGUGAACCUCUUCGUCGCGUUUACGGCUAUAUACCAAAUUACGAGAGCCUUGAGGUAUCAGUACCAACAAGAAGCUCUGCAGAAGGCAACCCCAUCAAACGCAGCUCACUAAUGAUAACUGUGCUAGAUAUACAUUCCUAGGGGACGAAAAUAAGAAUACAUUUAAUUUUUCGCGUUUUGCGAAACGUUCACGUUAUUAUUUAACUCGUUGGGACGGAUAGUCUAGUGACAUCUAGUAUAUCUGACCAAUAUAUCUUAAUGACGAAUGAGAAAAUGUAAAAAUAAUCGUUAAGUUACAUCAUCUGACUUAAAUUUCUUAAAAUCGUAUAUACAUGUAAUAUAUAACUGCGUUUAAAGAGACAGAUCUAUUAGCAAAUUAAGCAUUAUAGAUAUUUCUAAAUAGGGCGAAUUAAUAUUGUCUGGAAUAGUAGAAGAAGACAAUUCUGAAAAGACAUGUAAAUCGAUCUGAAGCAACAAUCUGACACCUAAUUGUUGUUUAAUUUGGCAUCGUGAUUAGGACGUCUUCUAAACUUCGAGAUAUUUUUUACUUAUCUCCUGUAAGAGUCGAACGGAACAAGUUACAAAUUUUACAUAAUGUCGAUUGAGUUUUUUGGGUGUCAAACUGUGAUACGUAUGACGCAUAAUACUUGGUCGUAACGUUGAUGUUACGUGAUAAAUCAAUAUUGUACGGUUAGAUUAAAUAUAACUACGAUCGACUGGAAUCUUGCCAAAUCUCGCAAGUAACGGACAUUGCAAAUUUAAUCAAAUCGUAUGUACUGGUCUCAUCGAUUGUACAUACAUAUAUAUGUUCUCGGCGUCACGUGCGUUCCAUCUUUCGACGUAAGAAUGUUCACGGUGCUUCCGCCCGACAUAUCGACACUACACGACGAUUCAGAAAAGAAUGGAUGAAUGUACAAAUGUGUAUAUCUCACUUAUUAUUGCUGUAACUGCCUCGCUUUGAUUAGUUGAAAUAAAUUAUGGAUAUUUUUAA